AAGUCCGCAGCCGAACACAGACGUAACUCACGUUGCCUAGCUGCAACACGCAACAAACACUUAUACCACAAAACCUCGCCCAUUUCACGACAUGUCCUCUCCCUUCAGCCUGAACGGCGGCGCCUGCGUCGCCAUGGUCGGCAAAGACUGCGUCGCCAUAGCCUGCGAUCUCCGUCUCGGCAUGCAAGCGCUGACGGUAUCGAACAAUCAUCCCAAGAUCUACACCAUCUCCCCCGGCAGCGUGUACCUAGGUCUCACGGGCCUUGCCACCGACCAAAUCACAGUCUCCGAGCUUAUGCGGUACAAAGUUAACAUGUACCGUCUGCGAGAGGAGCGGAACAUCAGUCCCGAGACGUUUGCGAACCUAGUGAGCACAUCGCUUUACGAAAGGAGAUUCGGACCAUGGUUUGUAAGCCCGGUCGUAGCAGGUAUUAACGGGAAGACUGGCAAACCAUUCAUAUGCGGAUUCGACAGCAUAGGCUGCAUUGACUUCGCCAAGGACUUCAUCGUGAGCGGAACCGCUUCUGACCAGCUGUAUGGCAUGUGCGAAGGCCUUUGGGAACCGGGCCUGGGCCCGGAGGAGCUCUUCGAGACCGUCUCGCAGGCGUUGCUCAGCGCUGUAGACAGAGAUGCGCUGUCAGGCUGGGGUGCGCACGUGUACAUCAUCGAGAAGGACAAGGUGACCAAGAGGCUAUUGAAGGGGCGACAGGAUUGAAUGUGUCACAUCGGCUUAUACGCAUUCCGGAAGAGGGUGGAUGUACAACAAUGGCACGCAUGGCAACGGCGAAUGGCGAACGAGAAGGAAGAUCACUGCUCGAUAACGGAGCUUGCUAAAAAUCUCGAGCAUGAUGCAUACAUCCAAGCAAGCAAUUGAUGUAGCAAGAUUUGCGACGUAGAAAUUUGGAAGCCCAAAAUGUCGUCUCAAA